AUAGCAAUGGUCCAAGCUCUGCAGUUCCUGACCAUUCCUGCAAAAACGACACAUACAGCGACUGUAAUUCUGAUGCACGGAUUGGGCGACUCGGGGAAUGGCAUGAUGCCUGUAGCCCAAUACGUCGGUUCCGACCCCGCAUUAAGCCACGUCAAGUGGAUUCUUCCCCAUGCCCCAACUCGUCCAGUUACAAUCAGUGGCGGAAGAGCCAUACCUGCAUGGUACGACAUCACUGCGUUCCAAGCCAAUGCAGCGGAGGACGAGCCGGGGAUAAAACAGUCCAUCAAAUCCCUUUCUCAGCUGAUGCAAACAGAAAUUGACAGUGGCAUCGAAUCGACUCGCAUCGUGUUCGGCGGACUGAGCCAAGGUGCCAGUCUGUCAUUGUUCAUGGGCUUGACGAUCAAGGAGAAGCUCGGGGGUAUCGUAAUGCUAAGCGGAAGGAUGCUCGUCGAAGAAUCUUUGAAGAAGGCGUACGCUGAUCGUGAGCAGAAUAUAACUCCAUACGCCACAUCUAUUCCUAUUUUUAUUGCUCACGGGUCAGAAGACCGCAUCAUAACGUUGGAUCGCUCCCAAUCGUCGGUUGCUGCUCUUAAGCAGUUGGGGUACACAGUGCACACGGAGACAAGCGAGAGCGAUGGAAUCACUUACAACAUCUAUCAGGGUCUCGGUCAUUCGGUCGCGGAUGCAAAAGUGCUUGAUGAUUUAAGUGAUUGGCUGAAGAAAACGAUCCCUGCAAAUUAGCGGUGGCUAAUUGGACGAUGAUUUAAUUGUAUAUGGGUAAGAACGCCAUUCGUUCAUACAGAUGCUAUUCUUCAGUUCAAAAAUGCUCGAAGUACAAUCGGCCACUUGGGAGCAAUGAUAACAUACGGAAGAAUGUCGGUCCUUGAAAACGGACACAGUAUUUACACACUUCUCACUCUCUGCAGCCGGUCCGACUCGAGAGCAUUUGACGAAGCUGACAUAUUACCCGUUUACUCUACACCAUUCCUUCUAAAUCUAGCCUCUAUCUCUCUGCUACAGUGCACCGCACCGCCGACGCCGCACUAGGUCCGUAGAACGGCCUACAAUAUGUCCUAGGGCGCCAUAUGGCUCUCAAGGCAAGCUGUACCUAUCAGAACACCUAUCGGUACCAAGUAAGAACGUGCACCGAGGGACUGCAAGCUGUUGAGAGAUCAGAAGUUGGUACGAAAUCCAU